UUUCUUUAUUGCAUUCUGUAUUUCGGCUAAGAAUAAAGUAAGUUUGGCCAACUUAAUAAAUUUAGUUUACUGUAAGGAGAGAAAAGUUGUUGUUGUUGUGAAGAGGUGAUAUUGUUUGAAAGGGAUUUGUAAAAGUUAAUAAAAAUGUCGAAGGCAAUGUCGAAGGGAAUGUCGAAGACACUUGCGAAGGGUAGAGUUAUGAAAAAAGUUACAACCAAAGUAGUUCAUUCUUCGCCACUACGGGUGACCAUUCCUGCGGGAUUGGCAAGUAGCAAGCCACCUCUUGGAUCACAGCUUGGACAGAGAAAUAUAAAUGUACAAAAUUUUAUCAACGAGUUCAAUAAAAGAACUGAAGAUAUGAAACAAGGCAUACCUAUCCCAUGUAGAGUCAAAGUAAAAGCAGACGGUUCCUUUGACUUAGUCAUGCACAGUCCUCCAGCUACGUAUUUCUUAAUGCAGGCAGCUGGAAUAGAGAAAGGACAAAUGGUGAAAGGUGAAGUAGCUGGUAAAAUAACAUUCAAACACUUAUAUGAAAUUGCUUGUAUCAAGUCACAAGAUCCACCCCAAGCAUUAAUGACUUUGGAAAAUAUUUGUAAGAUGCUUAUUGGUGUAGCCCGCAGCUGUGGUAUUCAAAUAGUACGUACUUUAGACCCUGUAGAACAUGAAGAAUUUAUGAAACAGCGAGAAGAGAAUGUUCAAGCUUUACUAGAAGAGAUGAAGUUAUCCAGAGCAUCUAAAUUGCUCAGAACAGGAGUUCAGUAAAUUAUAUUAAUGAAAAUGUAUAGAUUUAAUAAAUGUUACAGUAUAUAUUAUUAUGUAUAUGAUUGUGUAUAUAUCAUAAUUUAAGCUCGCAAGAGAUACAAAAUUCGUAUGGAAAUACACUCUUGUUAAAAUGA